AAAACAUUGACGACGACUUGAAGUUUAGAAUAAUACUUUUCGAUGGACUGUUCCAUCAACAAUAAUGGUCGUUUCGCCGUCGUCAAGUGUUACUUUUAUGUCCUCAUUGUUGUCGUAUAACGUGUGUCAAUUAUUUAUUGUAAAUAUUAUAAUGUAACCUUAGUGCUAUUAUUGUCUAUCAUGAAACUACCCGCCGGGUACGUCCGAGUCUGCACCACUGAAUCGUCUGCCCGGUGACAAAAGUUUGAUAUUUUAGAAGGUUCGUUCUUUAUGACAUAUUAAAUAUUAAUUAACGAUCGCAUAUCGUGAUCACUAGAGUAACAUAUACUGAUUAUUAUCCACUAUUAUUACCAUAGGGUAUGGUAAUAGUAAUUAAUAUUCUAUGCUACUGUUUUGCUACAGGACAUUAAAAUUUAGAUUUCCUCUAAAGAAUUCCGGUUUAGUUUGUCUAGAUUUGGUGAAAAGUCUGGUUUGGUUUCCACAUAAUUUCCUUUUUUCUCCUAAAUUAUUGUAUAAACCAUAUCAGUUGACUUUCAGUCACUUUGGAGUAUAGCUGAUUAAAAGUGUCCAAGUGUAUUGGUGUUAUUUCUCUCAUGUUUAUCAGACUAACGGAUAUUUUAAAUUAGUUAAUUCCAUUUGAACAGACUUGUAAUAGGUUCAUAAUAUUUAUACUACCUACACAUAUGAGAAUUAAAAUAGGUAGUAUGAAUAUAAUGUUAAAACAUAGUAUAUUACUUAACAUAAUUAAAUUAAAUUUUGUAUUAAAUGUAUUAGGUACAGAACUAUGUGAACAUUUGUACCACAUUUUGUUUGGUCUAGCAAAAAACAAAAUUUAGAAUUAAUUAAGUAAAUUAAAAUUUGGUGUUUGUAAAUACUUAUGGGUUUUUAUAUUAUCAAGGUGUCAAUAGCGUACAUUCUAAAAUCAACCUAAAAGUAAAUGAAAACGAUGAAAAAUUAAGUAAGUAAAAUAAUCUGAAACACUAUUCUUGUGUUCAUUUUUUAAAAACAUGUUCCCAAUGUACUUACCUAUUUUGCACAAAAAAUAUCUAUAGAUAUUUCUAAAAUUAUUUUAACAUUUAAAACUCAACGUUAAACUUAUUGGAUUAAUAGGAAGAAUGCACUGUAAUAAUUUAAUAACAGUUAUUGGUGUAGAUGUUUGCCAUAAAAUAUUAUGUUGUAUUUAAAAUAUACCUAGUGACUCAACAGUUGUCUAGCAAGUUGUCACACAAUUGUAUAAUGUAGUUUUUCCUUCGACUUUCUAUUAACUAGUAACUACUUAUACUGGUUACAUUUUAAGGACAACAUGUUAUUGGAACAUUUGUAUGUAUGUGCCAAAGUCAUUUAUAAAAUAUUUAUUAAAACUAUAGGUAUGUGAUUGUUUUCAAACAAUAUUUUAAUCAAACAAUUGGUUUUGUUUCUUAUUAUCGAGAAGUACUAAUUAUAAGGUUUUAUUUUAAUUAUCUAAAAUAUAAAAAAUACAAGUAUAUGUGUGAAUUGUGUAUACAGGCGAUUCUUUUAUCAUAUACCAGGAAUAAUCUACAGAGAAUUUAUGAUGUAUCUAGGUAAAUGCGAUUUUGAUUUUUUUCAGACAAUAUAUAAUUGUUAAAAUUGUAUUCAUAAUAAUUUUAAAAUAUUACCUUUAUUUCAUAAUAUUACUAUGAACAAGUCAGAUCAAUUAUUUUUAAAUAAUAAUCCAUGCAAUUAAAUACUGAUUUAAAAGAUACUCAUACAAUAGAUAAAAUUAAAAAACAAAAUUCUUGAUUCAUGAAAAAUGUUGAUAUGCAUAAUAGUAAUUUUGGAUGUACAGUUUUUGAGUUAUAACAGUAUGAAGUUUAUGCUAGAGGUAUCAGGUUGGGUUAUUUGUACAUAGAUAUGGAAUUAAUUACCCUUUCUUAAUAAUGCAAAUGCAGUUUGGCUCCCAUAUUAGUAUUAAGAUUUUAUUUUUUUCUAAAUGUGUGUUUCAAGGAAUUUAAUUGAAGUAUUUAAAAAAAUUGUCACCUUUUUAUUUUGGAAAAUAUCCCAUAAAACUAGAAAACAUUGUAUUUUCAAAAAAAAUUUUUUUUUAAAUGAGUUGGUUUGACUUAUAUUAUUAAAUUUUUCGUAUUUAUUUUGUUUUAUUUUAUUAUUUAAAAAAUCUAUUGGCAACUACCACUUAGGUAUAUGGAUAAUGGUUUAAACAAAAAUGUUGUUUAUAUUUUUUCAUAUUGUUGUAAUGAUUUUGGAAUUAAUAAUUCAUCUACUUAAGAGACGUGGAAAUAAAUUAAUCUAUUGUUUAAUUAUUUAGUACUUUUAUAUUAGAAAUAAAAUAGAUUUUAAAAUACAUUUUAUUGUGUUUUUAAAUUAUUAAUAAUAUGGAUGAUAUGAUUUUUUUUGUUUUGUAAUAUUUGUUAAAGGUUCGUACAUUGUUCUUCUUAACUAAUUUAAUUUGAUGUAGAAAAAAAAAAUUGUCUUCGUAAUAAAUUUAGUAUUUGAAAUUAUAUGGUUGUACACAUUGAACAUAUUUUUAAUGAUGAAUAUCUUAAUGAUUAUUAUAAUUUAUUAUUUAUAUUAGAUUAGUAUAAUGACAUAAUAGUGACUUUUCGAUUCACAACAGAUUAUAUAUAUUUAUAUAUUGUAAUUUAUUUACAGUAUUAUUUAUCAUUUUAAUUGGAACAGUUAACUAUUUUUAAAAUUCAAUCAUAAAAAAAAUAAAACAUUUAAGAAAUAUAAAUAAUCAUGUUUAUGAUUAAUUUAAUUUUUACAUUCAAUUUUGAUAAUUGUGUAUAUUAGGCACUUGUCUAUUAUAUUCUUUAUAACUGUAUGCUACUUAAAAUUAUUUUAUCAUAAAAUUGUAAUAAAUGUGUGAAGGUUAAACAUAAGUGGUAAUAUGUAUAUAAUAUUUUGCUAAAUAAUUUCAUGACUAUAGAUUUUUUUAAAAGUAAAAAUUUGUAUGUUAUUUUAAAAAAAAUGCAUAUGUAUAUCCCAUUUAAAUAUUUUAUUUUGAACAAUUGUAAAAAAAGGUAUUAUUUAAAAAUUUAUUUUUUGUUUUACUAAUUGCCCAAUAAUUUUGGUGCCAAUUGGAUGAUAAAAUUAUUGUAAUGUCAUUGUAAAUUAAACACAUAAUGUUUUUGUUAUUUUUAAUACAUUUAUUAAUUUUACAUUUAUAUUUUGUCUAAAGGACUUUAAGAUGGUAAUGGAGACGACACAAAUGUAUGAGACAGUCAGUAUGGAGGAAUCUCGGUGGGUGUCCAACUUGACUAAUGUAGACCUAGAUGGCCUUACAAUGGAUAGCAAUUUUGCAAAGCUGUUAUUUUCACUGAUAUCAGGAAUGGUGUGGGUAAUAUAUAUUACUUACUACAAUUCUAGAGUAACGGCGUACAUUGUCACUAGAUUGUUAACAAGAUUCUAUGCUACAAAGGGAUAUCUUAGUAUUGGUAAGUUUGUAUUAUUAUAUUAAUUGAAUGCACUCUAAGGAUUACAAAAAUUGUAUAAUACAUAUGUCUAAAUUAAAUAAAAAUAUACAUAUAUUUGGUUUGUUGACUACACAUCUCUUAGCUAUUUAUUAUUUCUACAAAUAGCAAAGAAAAAUGUAGACAUUGUAGUAUUAGUGUCAAAUCUAGAAUUGAUAAGUUUUGAUAAUCUUUAAAUCAAUUCCUAUUUGUAAACAAAUAAAGUGUUUAGAAAUGCUUAGAAAUGAAAUAUGUUAAUUUCUUAAUAAGUCAUGUUAUAAUUAAACUUCUUGAAAUAAAGUUUGUAUUUUAUUCUAUAAUUUAAUUUUUAAGUUAAUAUAAUUCACUGUGUAUGAGUUAUAAAUUAUAAAUUUGUAUAUUCAGAUUUGCUAUUUUUAAAUAUUUUUAGAUUUUAUAAUCAAAUUUAAUUUGUUUAUUUAUGUAGUGUUAUGAACAUGUAGUAGGAGAUGUGUAGUAUACAUUGAAUUACUUUUAUUAAGGAUUUAAUAUUUAAAAAUAAACUUGUCUAAAUUGAUACAUGAGUUUCUUAUUGCAGCUUUUAUUUAAUCACUAAGAACCAAAAUGUUUUAUAGGUUCUUUUACAGUCUGUGCUCUUUCUGGUAAGAUAAUGUUCAGAGAUAUAAUUUAUAUUACUGAAGAUUAUACCAUUAGAGUUCAAGAUGGUUGGUUGAUAUUCCGUUGGUGGAGAUCAUAUGUUCCUAAAAAUGUGUCAGAAGGUUAGCAAAUUUAUUUCCCUAUAAUAUUUUAUUUAUAACUUUAGUUUUUAAGUAUAUAUUAAUUAUAUUUGUUGAAUUUUUUUUAGAUUUAUCUCAUUCUGAUACAAGGUUGUCUGUUAUGUUAAAUGGAUUUGAAUUACAUGUUUAUAAUCGUUGUAAAAUGUAUAGUAAUUUAGAAAAAGUAUUUAAUUUAGAUCCGUCAAUUAUUCCUUGGGAUGAAUUGAGUACAAGUGAGUAAAAAUUGAAGAAGUAGUAUUAGUUGUUAGUGGUAAAUAAUUUUGGUAUGAAUAGUAUAUACCGUUAAUACUUUUUAGAAGAAGAAGAAGCAAAAAAAAGUAAAGAUAAAAAACAAGAAGCUGUACUUGGAAAAAGUUGGAGAGAUCUCAUACCUGUGAUAAAAAUGGAAGUUUCAUCGGUUAGUUAUAUUAUAUAUUUUUUAUAUAAUAAAAAUGUUUCUUAUUGUUGUAAUUUAAAAUAUAGGGCCGAGUGGUAUUUGGUAAUCGACUUAUACCAACUACUUUACUAGUCAAUGUAGAAGAAGCCCAUUUUGUAUAUUCCACUAAACCGGCUGCUUCUAAGUUGGAUCAUUUUAUGCAUUUUGUUAAAUGCAAAGCUGAGAAUUUUAAAGUAAAAUCAUUUUUUUAUUGUUAUAUUAGAUUUGUAUUAAAUUGUUAUUCAUUUUUUAUAGGUGAUAUUAGCACCUAGUCCUAAAUACAUUGGCAUGGCAGAUGAACCACCUCGAUACAUGGGAGCUGGUUUUGUUGUGUUUUCUUCAAAUAAUAUAGAACUCUAUUAUUACAUGGACGAACCAGGUAAACAAUUCCCAUAAUGUUUUACAUAACUAAGUAUUUAAAUUUAGGCCCAAGUUAUAAUAUUUAAUUUAUUUUGUAGGGGUUGUACCUGAAGAACCAGAAAUGCUACAAUUAGCUAAUGGAGAUAUAGUAGAGUCUGCACCACCCAUUUGGGGAAUAGACAUAAAGGUAUUAAAACUAGAAGAAGAUUAACUUUAAAUUUAUUAUUUAAGUGCAGAAAUAAUAGUGAAUUUAAUAAUUUAUUUUAUUAUGGAAACAAAUAUAUAAAGAACUAUGUUUUUAAAAACAAUACUUAUUCUUUUAUAAUUUUAUUGAUUCAUUCAAGUUUGAAUAUGAUACAUAUUUUUGUUUUUAAAGUUUUAAUUAUACAAGUGUCUCAUAAAAAUAUAACUGUUGCAAUAUCUUAUAAAGGUUUAACAUUUUUUGUUAAUUUAUAAAACAAGUAGCUUUAAAGUGUUACUUUUUUACUAUCCCCUUUUUUUUAGUUGUGAAAAAACUACUGACUUUAUUUUUAAAUGGCAAAAUUUAUUAAAAAGUCCACAAAUAGAUAAUGUUUUAAUUAAAAUAAAUUGAAGUGUUGAACAUUUUAAUUUCCUUUCAACUGUUGAUGAGAUAUUCCAUUUUUAAGUUUGGGUAGCGAGAGAGUAGUGAAGUAUUCUUUGUGUGUUAAUUUUUAUUGCAUUUUAAUAGUGCUCCACUAUUCUCCUUCUACUGAAAUUUAAAAGUGGAAUAUAUUGUCAACUGGUUGAUGGAAUUUAAAAAUGUCAACACCAAAAUGUAUUUUAACCAAAACAUUAUCUAUAAUGGAAUUUUUUACAUAAUUGCUAUUUAAAAUCAAAAGUAAGUAGUGAUUUCACCUACAAAAGUAAUGGUAAUAUAACAUUUUAGAGUUACUUGUUUUAUAAAUUAUCCAAACAAAAAUUCCGAAUGAUGUUAAUACUUUCUGAGAUUUUGCAAUGGAUAUAUAUUUUUGGGAAUUCUGUGUAUCUCAACCCAAUUAUUAUUGUUUAGUAUAAUUUGAUCCAUAUUUACUCAAUGAAUUCUUUAACUUUAUUAUUAAAUUAUACUCGUUUAAAGUUUAACUUUACAGGUAUAAUAUUAUUAUAUGCGAUAAAUUAUUAAUUAAAAAUUUAAAUAUUAUAUCUAACAUUGAACAAUAAAAAUAAUAUUGAUAUAUUAAUUGUUAAUAUCUAGUGCGGUAAAGGAACAGACUUUAGUUAUGGGCCAUGGGCAGACAGACAGAGAGAUCAUUUAUUUAAGUUAUUUUUUCCUCAAGAUUAUCAGCCACUCAAGGUUAAUAUAUUAUUUUUCUUUAUUAUCAUGGUCUACAGUUUCUUUUGAUUAUAUAGGUUAGUGAUCCACCUUUACCUGGUGAAAAACGUCGAGUUCAAGCAUUUGAUAUUCGCCUGAAUACACUUUAUGAAUCUACAAUCGACAUUUUAUUUUCAAAAAAUAAGGUAUGCUUUUUUUAAAUUAUAAACAAAAGUUUAUAUAUUUUUUAAACUUAAAAAAUACAUUUAGGAAACAAAUGCAAUUCACAUUAAUGUUGGACCUGGAUCAUACAUGGAAAUUACUUUACCAUGGCUAGUAGCACAUGAUGGUUAUACCACCAAAAUUACUGGACAACUUCUUCAUUUAGAAGCUACUACAAGCUUGCAAGUAAAAUAUUUUCAUACAUUCUUUAAACUAAAUAAACUUUUUACUAACGUGUUAUUUUGUUUAUAAGUUUCGCAGUUUACUUGAGAGUGAAACACUAGAAUUUUCAGCUCAUUGCCAUUAUCCAAUUCAGUGGAAUGAUCAUCAAGAAUGGUUGUUUAAUUUAACUGGUUGUAAAGCUACAGGGUGGUUCACCUAUGCUCAUAAGGGUUUUUUCCAAGGUAAGUUCAAAAUAUUAAAUAUUAUUAAUAAGUAUAUAAUUAAUUAAUUAAUUAUUAAAAUAGAAAUGAUAAAUGACUGGGCUAGCAAAAGUAGGCCUGAUAUUUUACAUUUUGUGCCAUAUACAUGGAAGUUUUCAGUUCUUAUGAAAGAAUUUGAAUUAAUAACUAUUAGUAAUGAAUAUAAUUGGAUUGAUUGUUCAUCACAAAAUCAAGAAAAUGGUAAACUCUUUGAUUUAAAAUAAAAUAUCUAGAUAUUUCAUGAUUAGAGCUUGGGACUAGCAUUUUUAUAUUAUUUUUGAAAGAUUAAAUAAAAGUAAAUUUGAACAUAUAUAUUGUUUAUUGUGUAAAAAAUCUAAAUCUUACAUUUUAUUUUGUAUAUAUUUACAUAUUUUACUGUUUUUGCAUUUUUUAGAGCAUAUUUUAGCAGUAUUUAGAUUUUAAGUACUUUAAAAGGACAUGCACUCAUAUCUUACUUUAUUGUAUGUUAUGUAUUAUACAUGAUUUUUUUCAAUUCUCAUUGUUCAAAUUCAAAGACACUGAUACGCAACAGCAUAGUUGAAUAAACUAUUGUAAAAUAGUUACUUUAGGUAAUAAAUAAUCAUUGAAAAAUGUUUUUCAAACGGUCAAUUUUUUUUGUAAAUUUCAUUAAUAAUGAAAGAAACACUAAUAGUUAAGUUCUUAGUAUACUAUUUCAAUAAAAAAAAUAUAUAUUUUUAGACCAUAUUUGGUUGUUUGUUUAGAGUUAGAAGUCCCUAAGCCUAUUCAUGAUUAUCAAAGUGCUAUAUAAAUUAAAUAUCUUUUAUUUUGCUUCAUAUCUAGCUCUUAUUGCGGCUAGUGGUGAUUUAUUUGAUUUUUCAUUUGAUCUUCCAUUCACGGAGUUUAUGCCAGAUACUUUACCUCUUCGAUUUUGGAUUCAAGGUGAAAGUAUAGAUUUAUCCAUGUAUUUACCUGCAGUUUAUACUAGCCGAAGUGUUUUACUAUCAUUAAAUCAAAAUGCUAAAUUACUUGGACGUGAUGGAAAAAUAUUUAGAUCAAAAUUAGAUGACAAUGGACGCAAAUGGAGAAAUGUUUGUCAAAAAGGGUAUAAGUAAUUUUAAAACUUCUAAAAAUUGUUGUUUUAGCUAAUUUUAGUUUUUUAUUUAGUCUUGGAUGGGUAGAUUGUUGGACUAUGCCAAUUGUUGCUUUGUCAAUUAAUUUUAUUUAUCAUCCAAUGCCAAUGUAUGGACCACCUCCGCAAGCUGACAUUACAACACCAGAAAAAGAAGAAAAAUUAUUGUCUCCAAUGAGAAUGCAACAUCAUAAAACUCAAAAUGUUCCUAUCCACUGGACUCGGGUUAGUUAUAAAUAGAAUAUAAAACUUAUUUAUUGAAUAAUUUAUUUACUUAUUUAUACUUAAUUUAAUAUUUCAGGAAGAGGGUCAAAAAUUUGAUCCAACUACUUUACCAGCUGAUAAAGUUAGUUUAGAUUUAGAAAUAGGUUCAUCAGUUAUGUUUUUAUAUGGAUCCUGGCUUAGACAUUUUUUUCAUUUGAAAGUAACUUACUUAUAAUAUAUUAUUAACAAAAAUUAUAUUUUAAUGCAUAUUGCUUUUUAGGAAAGCCUAUUUGGUGAAGAUCAAAUUUUUACAGAUAUGAAUGACAAAUUAAAUCCAAAAAGUACAAAUACUGAUAAAGCUUCAGAACCUGAUAAUAGUUCUUUAUCAGAUGUAAAAAUUCAAGUAGAUCCUCGAGAAUACAGACCAUUGGAAGUAGUUAUUUCUAUUACUAUGCAUGAUUUACAGGCCCAUUUAAUUAAAGUAAGUUAAUAUUCCUGAUUUUUAAUUUAAAAUAACUGCAUCUACUUUUAUAAUUUCAGAACUGCAAUGAUAAUGACCCUCCAUGUCCAGUUAUAAUAAUAGAACGCUUUGGACUGGAAAUGAAAAAAUGUUAUAAUGACACUCAGUUACAGUUGCUGUUAUCCCCUAGUUUACUUAUAUCUAGUGAUAAAUUAGGAAAUCGAUCACCAAAAGAUCAUCAUUUAAAUCAAGGGCAUUUAAUGCUUUCUGCUUUGCAAGUAUGCAUUUUAUAUAAUACUUAAUACCUAUUUUAAAACAUGAGUUUCAAUAAAUAUUUUUAUUAAGAUCCGAGGCCAUGCUAUGUUUAGUGAUUCUGAAAGAAAUCUUAAUCAAGAUACUUUAGAGUAUGCUUGGUUAUUAGAAAUUCAACUAGGAAAACUUAGUGGAAAAGCUACUGCUCCUCAAGUAAGUUUUUAUAUAUUUCAUAUUAGUUGUAUUCAUGUAAAUUCUUAUUUAUUGCAUCCAAAAAUAAAUGUACAAAGAGCAUUCAAUCUGAAAAAUAUUUGAUUAUUCAUUAAAAAAAGAAAUUGUUAGACAAGGCAUGGUGAAUACUAUUCUUUAUAAACUGUAUUAUAUGUCCCUUUGCUCUAAACUUAAUUAGAGUUGUAAUUGUUGUACUGUGAUAUGUAAUGUUGCUAUAUUAUGUAAGAGGUAGACAGAACAUAAAUUACAUGUAGAAGUCCCUAAACAGUGCUCAUCAUAAAUUAGUACAACACUGAUUUAAAAGUUAUCGUCUUUAAUAAGUUAUGGGAAUUUUCCACAUGAAAUAUGGUUCAGAUAAAAUGUUUUUCAGAAAAAUAUUUUCAGAUAUUUUACAUGGGACAUUCAUAUUUUACACCUUAUAUAGUAAAUUGUUUUUAGUGGAUCAUUCAUUAUUUUUAUUUAAAUAAUAGUACAAUAAUAUAAAUAUAUAUCUUAAAGGUAGGUACACAUUUCUAAUAGAUUCACGUGUUUUAUACAUAAUAGAUAAGACCAUAAUAAAAUUUAAGUAUAAUAAUAUAAUAGUUAAUAAGUGAUUGUUGAGGUAGUUGAAAAUUAGAAUGUGUAGGGUGCCUCAUACAAUGUAUUUAAUUAUUACUGCUAUAGUUGAUAUUAUAGAAUAGAAUGAGAAAUAUGAGAAGAAACUCAUAGUUAUCUUUACAUAAGAUAGCUGGAGCAUCAAUAGUGCCAAAGAUUAGUUUGAUUAAAAAGAAAACAUUUGUAAUCUUCUGGUUAGUUAAACUAUUAAGAUUUUGUUAGUAGAAAAAUGAAGCAUAGUCUUGGGGAAGAAGGAAUCUACAGCAAUAACAAACGCUAUGGAAUAUGACUGGCAAAGCUUAAAAAGUCCUUUAUAUUCUUUUGAACUAAAAGCUAUGGUAUUCUUGAUGGAAUUUGUAUCCUACAUUUUAGAUACAUAUUCAAAAAUAAACUUAAUCAGAGUAUACAUUUACUCAUUUACUUUACAAAACUGACCGUUUUUGGCGUGUUGUAACAUUGAUUGUUUUUGUGAUAAUGAAAAUCAAAGAAGGAAGUAAAAAUAUAAAUUUAUAUAAGUUUUUGUUUAGGGAUAUUGAUUCAAGGGAGGAUCUGUUGAUAGAGUAUUUAAAGUUAGUGCUAAAAGUAAGCCGAGAAAAAGUUAUAGUUUGGUAAUUACUGAAAUUUUGUGUUAGGCUAAUGCUAUUUAACUAUAUUAUUAAGUUGUUGAUGUCAUCUUGAAGGUGCUUACACUCAACCAUGAAAUUAAUUUAUGUAGACAAUUAUAUAAUGUAAUUUUGAAUUUUUAUUAUUAUAAAUUAUUAAAUAAUUUGAUGUAUACCUAAUCUAUUUAUGUUAAUUCUUGUUUUAUUGUAACAUAUUUUGAAUUAAUAUGUUUAAUAGUUCGUUAUACAUUUGAUCUCUGAAGAGUUGAGAGUCAAUAACUAAUAUUAAUACAUUUGUAUUUGAGAUUACAAAAUUGAAAACAAAUGUCUGGUAUAAAACAGUGUUUCUCAAUCAUAGGGUCACCCCCCCAAUUUUGAGUUGUGGAUAAUUUUAAAUAGGUCGCUAAAUAAUCAAAACGUUAAUAUAAUAAUUUCAUUUUAAAUUGCUUACAUAAAAUAGUUUUAAAAAUAAUUAAUACAAUUAUUUUCAUAAAUUAUUUUUCUUGACAAACAAGCAUACAUUUAUAAUUUUGGACUGUAAUCUUUUAAUACUAUAAAUACACUCUAUUGGAUUACAUUUAUAUUUAAAUUUGGUAAGUCGUUGACUAGUAUAUUUGUUUUGUACUAAUUAUCAUUGUUGUAAACUUCACAAUGUACUCAUUUCUCGUUUAGUCGUGCAUAUAAAUUUUAAAAUAAUUGAAAGGCAUUAGUUUUUUUUUGUUAUGGUAACUGAACAAUUAAGUGGGUUGGGUAAGAUGGGUAGCCCUUUGUUGAGAAUUAUUUUCAAAAAGGUCACAUAAAAAAUUGUGUAAAUAUCUUGGGUUGCCAACACACAAAGGUUAAGAACCGCUGGUCAAAAAUACAUACAAACACAUUUAAAUUAGAAUUAUAAUAAAAAAAUUAGAUGUUAACAUAUUAGAAUUUAAAAAGAAAAAUAUAUAUUUUUAUUUUUUAAUGACUUAUAAUACUUUAGAGCACUCAUUUUCCCCUUUCAUUGUUUGGACUUAAUAGUUAUAUACGUAGUUAAUGUUGAUGCAUAAUGACAUGACUAUAAUUAUAAAUUAUAAUUAAUUUUGACAGUUAUUUCAUGUUGUUACUGGUUUGGAGACACUGUUUUUACUAAUGUUCGAUUCAGAAAAUCAGCUCAAACCAGCACAUUUACCAUUAGAAUGCCAUCAUGGUUCACCUCCAUCAACAUGUCCUCAUAAUGAUCCUCAAGCCCACUAUAGAUGUCCUACUGCUGAUGAGAUAAAAUAUCGAAUGACACGCGUAGCUGUUGAUGCUUUGGACUUGUAUUUGGUCGAGUCUGGUACAGCAAUUAACUUAUGGGUAAAGUAUUUAUUUUGUGUUUUUAUUUUCUCAUGUUAAGACUAUAAUCUGUAUUCUGGUUGUGUUUCUAAUCACUUUAAAUUAAAAUAAGUGAAUUCUUUUAGGAGAACAGUAUAAUUUGUAUAAUUUUAAGAUAUUUUCAAAAAUGCGUUUCAUUUAUUUAUUUAUUUAUUUAUUUACAUCACGGGCGAAUGUCCAAGGUACAUUUAAAAUAUAUCAUACUAUUAUUUUAGAAAUUGAGUAAUAAUCAAUACUGAGUUCUGUCACGGGAGUAAAAUUUCCUACCAGCUGAUUUGUUGCUCUAACAAAAUGUUAUUUUUUUUUUUUUUUUUGUAAUAAUCAGGUAUUGAACAAAAAUAGUUUUAUCAAAAUAGGUAAAAUAGUUCUUAAGAUAUUUGUUCAAAUAAAAACAAAUUGUAUGGGGUCUGUUGUAAAAAGUUUAAACUUCUGAAAGCACAUCAUUGAUAACAAUUCUAUUUAUAUAUACAGUGUAUAUUAUACACAUUUUAAUCAAGUUACUUACUUUAAUUAGUCUUUAAGGGUUUAUAAACCUGGUAUUUCUUCUGAAAACAUGACACCUGAGCAUGAAAAUUAUUGUAGAGGGGGUUGAAAGUUGAAAACACCAAAAGGUACAUCCUUAAUACGUUUACCAUUUAUAGAAUUGCAUUUUUUUGAAUCUAUUUGAGAGAUCCAUAAUAAGUGGUGCAGUCGUUAAAAAAAAAACUGGGUACAAGCAUGUCAGGCACGUCCUUGAAGGGGGAGCAAGGGGUAAUCCCUCCCCAUAAGUCUUGUGAUGUUCUGUUUUUGUUUUACAAAACAUCCAUAAUUUGCGCUACUUUGUACUAUUUUACUGCAUCUGUACACACAAUAUAUUAUUAAAUAACACUAUAAUUACAUUUUAUACUGAUUGUACUAAUUUUAGAAUGUAAUUAAAAUUUUAAUUGUAAAAAUAACUUAUCAUAAAUGCAAAAAUUGAAUCUUAAUUGAAUAUUUUUAAUGCUUUAAAUGGAAAUAUUUUUUGAGGAGAACUCAUUUAAGGCAUUUUUUUUCUUUUGAUAUUAGGUAAUUUUUUAAGUAAAUUUUUGGUUUUUUCAUAUAUUAAUAUUUUUAUAUUUUUAGUGUUAUUAGUAUCCAAAUUAAUUAUAAGUUAUAGUGCUACAAUUUCUCCUCAUUAAUAAAAUAUUUAUUUUAUCUAUUUUAAAUCCUGAAAAAUGAUUAUAUUUUUUUUAUAACUUAAUUUUACUAAAUAAAAUAGUGAAGUACGAACAUAGAAAUAUAGAAAUAAAAUAAUAUUUAUUCUAUUAACAUUAAAAUCUACUCGUUUCUGAAAAUAAGUAGUAUUUACUUAAAAUAACUUUAAACACAUAUAAUAAAUACUGGACUAAAGUAUACUCCAGAAAGUUUUUUUGAGUAAACAUAAAGAAUUAUUAUUAGAGUUAAUUUUCCUGGAUAUAUAUUAUCGUCUGCAGUCCUGUGAUUCAGUAUCCAACUUUUACAUAUGGUUCUGGGUUCCGAUCAGCUAGUGGUGAUCCGUUAUAUUUAUAAAUAUCAACAACAUCAGGGGUUACUAGGUUAAUAUGAUAAGCUUUAAAUAAUAAUUCAAUAUUAAUUUUUUUAAUGAAGUGACUAAUUUUUUCAAUAAAUUGUUUGAUUUGAAUCUGGUUACAAGUGGGUACACGUCAGCGUAACAUGUACCUGAGGAUUUCGUUUUUUUUAUGGGUACAUGUAUGUUUUGAAAAAUAGAAAGUGUACCUGCAGGUUCCCUCCACUACACCACUGAGGGUGUACAAAGUAAAAAAAAAGUACUCUUCACACACACACACAUAGAGGGUGUCCCAUGAUAAUCUGACAUUUGAAAUAAAUUUUGUUCUAUUCAAUAUUUUUUAAAAUAAUGAAUAUACCUUUGUGCUACAGUUAAUAUAUUAAACAUUAUUUUUUUAGUUAGGGAACUUAAAAUAAAAAAGACUGACAUAUUUUGCAUGUGGGUGCAGCCAUUGUUGUAGGUGAGAAGUUGGGAAGGUAAUAGAGGAGAAAUGUAAUGUAUAUCUGUAUACGCUACGAUUAACUAUUGCUAAUGAAAACAAAUUCUAAGCAGAGUUUCGUUAAUAGUGUUGCUUUGUUAACAAUUUAUGUCAUAUUAUGGUAAAACAAUUACAUAUGUAUUAAAUAUUUUCUUUAGUAAUAUUUGUUUAAUUUUUAUUUAUAUUCCCAGAAUUUGUAAGUUUUUUCUUGGUUUUUCCCAUAAUUUUUCUGGUUUUUUUCCACUUAUUGGAAAAACUCCUGGGGAAAAUCAAUUAAGUACUUCCUUAGUCAGAUUUCCUUUUAGAAAAAGUUCUUUCAGUGUAAAUUGGAACAAAAUUGCUGGUAGAAAAGUUGUCCACAGAAAAAAAAAAAUCUUAAUACUUUAUUUAAAAUUACCAAGUUCAAUAAUAAAACCAAACAAUUUUUUUUUCAGGCUUCUCCAUUACGACUUUCACAUUGUAAUUUACAUAGUAAUCAUAUUAAGUCUGGUAUUACUUUAGUAAUUCCAGCUGUUAAAUUGAAACAAUUUAUUUGUGCUGGUAUACAAAAUACUCCUGGAAUUAAUAGUAAUACUAAUACUACUGGAAGCAACCGAUCUCAGUAUUGGUACGUGUAAAUUUACUUUUAAUUUCGUGUUUAUUUACUAAAUACUUAAUAAUUUUUAUUUCUAGUAAUAUGAGUGGUUCUUCUACUGAAAAUCAAGAAAUGUGGCUAGAAAUAGGUUCUGCAUCUUUGGGACCUUUUAUUCUUGAAUUGGCUUCUUCUUUAUCUGAUUCUGAUAAAAAUCUACAUCUAGUUCAACACAAGUAUUAUUUUUUUUUCUAAUCUUUUUUACUUUUUGAUUUUAAAACACUAAACAAUAUGUUGCAGAUAUCUUAAGCUUCAUGAUGACCGAUACAAAAGAUUGUGGUUUUUAUGGCCAAGUGAUAGUGGGCGUCUUAUAACUGGAAAAUGUGGUUGUGUUGGCGGUUGUGAAUUUUUUGGCCAUAAUCAAAAUGGCCAACGUUUUUUUAAACCUUCUAGAAAUGAUAUUCAAGAUGGCAUCAAUAUUGCAGCUUUAAGGUUCAUUAAAAGAUUAUGACAAAUUUUAACAUAAUAUAUUCAUAUAUUUUUAAUUUAUUUUGCAGAGUGAAUGAAAGUGGAAAAGAUCCAGGUUUUGGUCAAAGUAUUUUGCAUGAUUGUCAAUUAAUAUUUCAUACACCACCAUACAAUAUUGGUAGUGGUGUCGUCAUACAUGAUUAUCCAGCACCACAAUGGCCAAAUAUUCGCCAUAUAAAUAAGGUACAAAAAAGUUAACUUUUAAUUUUUAUUCAUAUUUAAAGCACUAGAGAUAAGUCCUUGCUCCAAUACUUAUUCUAAAGUAACAAGAUUAGUGAAAGAAUAAGUAGAAACAAAUCAAAGAUAAUUUUUUUCAUAAUUUAAUUAUUUUACAUUCUUCCAUUAAGUUAAUAAGUACAAAAGUGUUUUCAAUAAUAUUUCAAUGACUCUGUAUAUUAAUUGCUUGGUAAACUGUAAAUUGCUUGGAAUAUCUUAUCAAUAUCUUAUUAAUUAUGUAUUUUUACUAUAAUAAUUAAUUCAAUAAGUGUUAUCUAAGUUAUAUAAUCAAGUGACAUGGUAGUAGUAUUAAAGUAAGUAAAAAAGGAACUAAGUUAUGUGAUCACAUAAUUAUAACUAAAAUGAUUUCAUUUUAACCAUGUCAAUUCAUCCAUAAUCAUGUAUUGAGUUUACAGCCUUAAUAAAUGAAAACUGAACAUAUUAAGGUUUAUAAGCAAAACUCAGAAGUACAGUAAAAUCUCCUUUUAACAGACCCCCUAUAUGGCGGAAAUCUCCUUAAAAUGGAAAACAACAGUUUUGAAUAACCUAUAUCUGUAUAUUUUAGUCUCAUUAUAAUGGAAACUCCUUAAUAACGAAACGAUCAGUUGGUACCAAGCGAUUUUGUUAUGAUGAGGUUUUACUAUAUUAAAUAUAUGCAUAUUCUUUUUGGUCAUAUUUAGAACAUUCUUAAUAAGAAAAAAUUUCUUUCAUACUUCAUUGAUGUUAUUUACACAUCUUUUUUGCCAAUUUUUGAAUAUUUAUGACUUGAAGUUAUUUUGCUAAUUUAGAAUUUUAAGUGCUAUCUAUAUAUAUAUAUAUUUAUAGAUUACUAAAUAAAUACAUAUUGUUGAAAAAAGUAAAAUAGGACUAAUAUAAAUAGCACUUACUGCAAACUUUAAAAAAAAAUUUUGGACCAAACAACCGUAUAAGAAUUGAACAAACAAAAUAAACUAUUACUACUAUUAUUACUGCUAUUAUGACUAGGAUUUAUGUGGAACACAGUGUUUAAAAUUAAAUUUAAAACAAUCUAAAAAUUAAAUCAUUAAAAAAAAAAAUUGUCAAUCAUUUUAUUUUGCAUUGUUCUAAUUGUUAGCAUAUUUUGGUAUUUUAAGUACAUAUUAAAUUAAAGCACAAAAAUUAACUUUUUUUAUGCAACAAUUUCCAAGACUUCCUUAGUAUAAAUGAUCGGAAAUAUUGUAAAAAAUGGAAUCUGGAAACUUGAUUGUUACAAGCAAAAAUGUUAAAUAUUUUCAAUGUCUGAUGAUAAAUUAUUUUCAUCGUAUAACAUAUCAUUUAUUCAGUGUAUUAUUUAGUUUGCUCUAGUUAUUUUAUUACAAAUUAAAUAAUUUUAUACACACUUUUUCUUAAUUUAAUUGCUUGCUUUAUAAUUUGUGUAAAUCCAGCUGUUUGGGACUCAAAAUGUCCCUGCAUUUUCUGCUUUUAAAAACCAUGUUGUUUAAAUGUAUCUACUUCUUAAUAACAAAAAAAUAAUCGUUUAGUUAACUAACAUUGCCAAUUAAAACUUAUCUGUAUAUACUUUUUAUUUAAAAUGUAUAAUCAAUUACUGAUAGGUGUACCAAGAUCAGUCUGAGGGAAGCAAGAUCAGUACUAACAUCCCAACACAUUUACCAUAUACACUAGACAGUGAAGAUAUACCUUCUCCUUUACCUACACAUCCGUUAUCUAGACGUUUCUCAUAUUCAUCUGCUGCCAGCAGGUUUGUUUGGAACUUUUUUUUUAGCACUAUCAGACAAACAAAUAUCGUAUAAUACACAUUUUCUAGACUAAGUGGAAUACAAACAAUAAAUCGCGAAGUGCCAUAUUCGCGUCUAAUUGAUGCCAGUCCAACCCCUGUACUUAAAAUGGAUUCACGACCACCGUCACCUCACAGAUUUAAUACUACUAGGUCUAUUUUGAGUGUACCCGAAAACACAUUAGCUGUAGACAAUGGUACCUGUCCAAAGUAUAGUGUUUCAGAUUCUAGACUCGCUGUUGACUAUUUUAAUUCAACAGCCCUACAGUAUAAUGCACUUAUUACGAGUGCCCAGAAUAAUUCAGUACGUAUUUUUAUUUGUCCCAAAUAGCUGGCGAGAGUGACCGGUAUUUUUAAAUUAUCAUUUUGAGCUUUUUUACUUUUUUAUAUAUUUUUUUUAAAUAUUUUAUUUGUAGAGUACUGCAGGAAAUACUGACUCUAUACAUUCCUUGCAACAGACAAGUUCAAAACAUCCAUAUUCACGAACAAUAUCAAUAACCAGUGAUAAUCCAUCAGAAGUAUUCUUCUCGGCUGAAGAAGAUCUAACUUUAACUGGUAGUCUCAAAAGUAAUGACCGUGUUCCAUUAGGAUCAGCCAGGUGUUCGUCAUUAAAGAGCUCUCUGAAUAAUAGUGGAAUUGUUCAAAAUGAAUCUUUUAUUAAGUUAGUGAUUGGUUGUUUUUUUUUUUGUAGAUUUAAUAUUUUCAUAUAUUAUGGUUUGUCUAGAAAUCAUUUUGGUAGUGAGACUACAAUCAUACCAAGCAGUCCAGCUGUAUUGAGCAAUAUCACUAGUUCUGAUGAUCCAUCUGUUGAUCUUCAAGAUCAUACAAUAAUAAAUGCAGACACUUCAGUAGAGGUAAUGAUUAUAUUAAUUUAAUGUUGAAUUUUUUUUUUAUUUAAUCUACAAUGUUUGUUUAUAGUUUGAAUUAGCUGAUGAUGAAAAAACAUUACUUGCUGUAGACAUGAGCAGAGAUGUAGUUCAAAAUCCAAAAGCUAAACACCAUUUACUUGAUAAUGUAAGUUCAUAUUAAUAUGUAUUAUAUUAUAAUUUCUGAUACAUUAUUAUUACUUUUGCAUUAUCUUACAUUUGUAGGAUCUGGAAGGUACUGGAGUUAUAGAUUCAUCAGAUUCACGAUCGAUCUCUAGUACAUCAUUUAUGUCGGCAGUAUCAUCUCAAGAAGAUUUAGCACUUGUAAAUUUGCACAUGCAUAUCAAUAAGCCUAUAGUAGAUUCUCCAUUGUUACUUACUACUUACACAAAUCAUUUGUCACAAAAAAAUUGUAUUAAUUGGUCUCAAACAUCAUUACCAGCAGGAUCUGAUGUGUUUACUGUUCCAAUUUAUCAGCAUACAGUAGAUGAUCGUCUUGUAUUUAUUGGUAAACCUUUUUAAACUUUAAUGAUUUUAGUGGCCUAUAUUAAAUUUUUUUUUCAUAUUUUGACACAAUUAAUAAUAAUUUAUUUUUAAAUAUAAUAUUAUAGGUAGUAGAUUUUUACCCAAGUUUGAAACUACAGCUGAAGGGUUUACAAGUAUAAAAAUGGUACCGAGAACUGAUAUCAAAGAAAAAGAGCCUAGUCCACUUACUGCACAAACACAAUCCACAAAAAAAUAUACAUGGGAUCAAUCACAAUUUGAUUUUACUCAGAAUGCGAAAGAAACAUUUGAAAUUGGUAUAUUUAUACAUUUAUUAAAGUAAAAAUGUUGUUAUUUUAUUCAAAAUACAUAAUAAAUAAUUCUUAUAAUAAAAAUACAUUUUCAGAUUGUGAAGAGGAAAUGGUGUCUUUACGAAGUGAAACUGGUACAAGAACAACUGUUGUUAUUAAACUUAAAGGAGAUAUUGAUUUAAUGGUCACUCCAUUAGCCUUAGAAUCACUUCAAAAGUAUAUAUUACAUUAGUUAUAUAUAUUUUUUUAAAGGAUUUAAAUACUUAUUUUUAAUUCUUGUUAAUUUUUCAGAUUUGUGGAUAGUUUAACUCCAACAUUUAGUAAUCUUCACCCACUUACUGUCUUAAACCACUUACAUUCCAGUUGCAUUAGUCGUGUUGAAGCUGCCAAUAUACUUAAACGUGAUAAAUAUUUAAGUCAAAUGCAAGGUGGGGGAAGUAAAAGGAGUACUGUGGAAAGAGUAAAACCAAAUUUGAAUAAAGAUACUCAAUCUGAUGUUCAACAACCAAACCGUAUUUAUGAAGAAUUUAUUGCUUCACAAGUCCAAGGAACUGUAAUUUUACCAAAGGUAUGUUUUAAAUUGUUUUGUUAUACUACAUGGUUUCCACUUGGUCACUUUUCAAUUAAAUUUCAUUUUUUUUGCAAGUCACUAAUAGUAACCCUUUUCAUUUUGAAUUUUUCAUAGAUUUUUGGUUUUUUUUGUUAUUUAAAUAAUCAAUAUAUUUUGUUAAUACAUUAUGUUACCAAGAAUUAAUAAAAAGUUUCUAUAGAAAUUUGUAUUUUUCAAUCCAUUUUUUUUAAUUUUGCCAAAAUGAAAAAUAAACAAUUUUUUUGAGUUGGUUCAUUGUACCUAUUUGUUAUUUAAUAAUUAUAAGUAUCUAUCAAUUCUACCUACUUUUAAAAAAGGAUAUGUUUUCAUCUUAAUAAAAUUUCAUAGUUAUGUCCCUUGUAAUGCCAAUACAAAUUAUACAAUGCAUCUUAUGCAAAAUUAUAAUAACAUAUUUAUAAAUUAAGCUAAAUCUUAUAUAUCUCGUUUUUUUGAUGUAUAUGUAAGUCUCUUUUUGGUAAUUUUUUUCAUAAAUUUUAGUUACUUGAUUCACUAUUUUAAAUAAAACACAUUGGUGGCAAAACCCUGAUACUAUUAAUAAGUUAAAAACCUUAUCAACAUUAACUUACUGAUAUUAAUUGUAAGCAUUUUAAUUAAUAUAUAUGUAUAUGGAAAGUGAGGAGAGAAAAACUGAAAAAUAGGUGUUUUGGUGUGAUUAAGAAUUAUAUUAGGUUAGGAUAUAACCAGGUAAUUAUAUCAGGUUAGGUUAUAUUCGAUAAUCAGGAUGGUGGGUGUAUGCGAGGAUGAUGCAGGGGAUCAGGUUAUAUGAAAGUUUAGGACUAGGGUGGUCAACAUAAAAAAAUUGGGAUGAAGGCGAAGGAGGAGAAUUAAUUAGAAUUGUAGUUUACAUAUUAACAUCUUUUAUUAAAUACUAAAUUAUUCCAAUUUUAUGUAUGGAAAAUGCAGUCACAUAAUUGUACAUUAAAUAUUUAUAUAUGUAGUUACAUAAUUCAAUAAUAUAAUUAAUAAUAAUUUCAGAUCAACAUUUGUGUACUCCAAGCAUCUAUUGUUGAAGAAGUUAUAUCAUUUUCAGCAUUAGAUAAUAUCAGAGAUUUGACAUGUGUAUCAUUAUUAGCCAUAUGCCUUGAAGAACUUACUACUAAGUUUCAUUUUAGCAAACAGGUUUGUACUUAUUAAAUACAUGUUUUAGAAUUUAAUUCAUUUUAAUAUCUUACACCGCAUUACAUUUUUUUUUUUUAAUAAAAAGUAAAAAUCUAUAAUUUUUUUUUUUGCUAUUUUGACUUUUAUAUGCUUUUUUUAGUACAUUACUAAUUAAUAUAUUUUAGAUUUUCAGCUGUAACUUUUUACAUAAUUUUUAAAAAUAUAUAUUUAAAAUUUGUAAAAUUUAAGAAAAUGUAUUGUUAAAAGAUAUUGAAUAAAUUGAAAUAUUUAAACAUUUCAAUUUUAAAUUCAAAAGACAUACUUUUCAUGUAUUAGAAAGCAAUAAUAAACCAUUGUCAACAAGAAAAACAAUUUUGAGCAUAUUAUUAUUAGUCCUGAAAUUUCCCAUUUUAUCAAGGUAAUUCAGAAAUCAACAAAAAUUAUGCUAAGAAUUUCUAGAUUUUUAAUUUAUUUAGAAAUGACAUGGAAAAUCAAAAAAUGAUCUCUAUGCACCAACUAAAUAAAAAACGCUACAAGAAAGUCUUUAUAAAGAUUUUGGCUGGAGUAAGAUUUUUAGUAGAGAAGUUGUUUCAUAUACUAAAAAAGAGCACAUUUUAAACAAAACUUUCCUCACUAUACACAGAUUCUAAAAUUGUAAUACCAAUGUGGCAUAAAAAAAAAGAAACAAAUAUUAAUUCAGGAUUUGAAGGAUUAGAUAUUUUUCUAGUUUUAAUUGUGAACUAUAUUUUUAUUUUGUUAAUUAAAUAUGUAAAAAUACUCACACGCUUAAAAUUAAGAAUAGUAUUAUUUAAUCGUUAAAAUCAAUUUAUAUUUUUCUUAAUGUAGGCAAUAAACUAUUUAUGUUAUAAUUUUAAGGCAAGAGAAAUCGUGCAAACAUAUCACCCACCCGCUGUAGCACCUAGUGGUCAAAAAAAAGGUGUUUUAAGUAGAGCUGCCGGGAAAGCAUUUUUACUUGGUUUAAAUACUACAUCUGAAGUUGAUCCUGAAAGCACACACGGUGAACCUGUUUACAUUGAGACAUCUGAAAAACAACAAGAAGAAACUGUUAUCACAUUACACAUAGGUAAUUAUUAAUUUUUAUUAUAAUAAUAUAAUAAAUUCACAUAUUUUCAACGUAUCAUUAAUAGUUAAUAUUAUCUAAAGUAUAAAAUUUAACAAUGUACAAUAUUCUGUGUGUAUUUUAUUUUGUCUAAUAUUUGGAUUUUGGAAUACAAUGAUUAACAUUAUCAUUAUAGGUGUUUAAUAUAGACUAUUUGUAAUUGGUCAACAUAAAUUUAAUCAUAAUUCUCUUAGUUUUAUACAAAUUAUAAAAUAGAUAAUAUACUGAAAUCCUCUGAAAUAUACUGUAAUAUAUUAAAUAUAAUAAUAAUUAUAAUUGUUUAUUUAUAGAUAGAGCACAUGCUCAAUUACGCAGAUUGCAUAAUGAGUGUUCAAUAUUGAAAGAUGCAGUAAUAACAGCUAUACCUAGUCAUUGCUCAAAAGUUAUGUUUAAAACAUGUUCUAAAGUAAAAUCUACUGAACCCCAGAACAAUUUAAAUAGUGACAUUGAUGAAAUGGUACUGACAAAUAUUUCAGAUGAAAAAUUGGGAUUCAUUAUGAUGGAAUGUGGUUUUGAAGGAAUUUCAUUUAAAGUCUGUAUUUAUAAAAUUAAUUAAGUAUUUAAUCUAUUUAUAAUUAUUAUUUUGAUUUUGUUAUUAGGUUGUUAAAAGAUCAAAUUUUGAAAAAGAAAAUGACCGAGAAAUCAGAGAUGUGCCAUCACCAUCACCAGUACCUGAGUCUAUAGUUGGCAAAGUUUUACAUUCUGAAAUUCGUUCUAAAAAUGAAGAUAAUGUAGAAAGUAAAGCAACUAGUAAGUUUUACAUUUAUGAACCCUUUCAAUGAUUAUUGAUAUAAUCUUCUUCUUCUUCUUUGCCUCCAUUCCAACUAUUUGGGGUCGGCUGAUUAUUAAUAUAAUAAUAAAUAAAUAAUAUCAAAGGAAUAAAUUACAAAUUUUUAAUUUGAUAUCUAUUUUAUUAUUUACUACUUAGUGUUUAUUUACACAUAUAUUUAUAUAUAGAAUUAUAAUGAAUAUUAAAAAUUGUAAUUGUAAAUUAAUAUGAAAUAAAUAUCUGUUUGAAAUUGAGUAUAUAAAACGUGCUGUAUAUUUUGAAUAUUAUAUUUUAUAAUUUAAAUUAACAUUUAGAUUUUAGAAUUACAUACAUUUUAGAAAGCAACUGAAAAAUAUAUAAAAUAAAUUAAAUAUGUCUAAAUGUCUUUGAUAAUUACAUUUUAUCAAGUUAUGCUAUAUUUAUGUUUAAAUGCAAAAAUUGUUUUUAGGUUCUAGCAAACAAGAUAUUGGUGGUGGUUCUACACCAAUGACUACACCUAAGCAAGUUAAAACUCCGCCAGAAACUAACAUUAAUAAUGAAGAUACAGCGUAAGUUUUUAUUUCUAUUUGAUUUAGUAGAUGUAUAACAUUUAAAUUUUAAAUUUAUUUUAUAGUGAGAGUACUGUAGCAAAAGUGGGAAUUGAUAAAAAUGCAUCAUCAUGUGUUAUGGAAGUAUGUCAAGUUUGGUUUAAUUUUGCUGCACCUCCAUUAACACCAAUUACUCGUAAAAUAGAUUAUACAAGGUAUAGUUGUGAUUCAUAAUAAAUGGGUAAUAUGUAUUUAACUUUGUCAUAUGUGUAGACAUGACUGGAAUUUAUUGAGUACAGCAUCGCCAGCUAUUAAUGCAUGGAUGAAUCCUAGUAAUCGUUUUGCAAUGCGUCUUGUGCAUAUGCUGCGUACUAGAUAUCGACGAUGUACAGCUGUUGUCACUUGUUUAAUGGCUGAAGCUCUAGAUUUACAAAGUCUUCAUAUACCCCUCAAGGUAAAUGUAUUUCCAUUACAUACUAUUUUAUAGGUAUACAAGUUUUAUACAUUUUUACUAAGUCCAAUAGAAUAUACAGCUGUACUAACUACAUCAACUUUGCUCAUGGCACCAGUUUAUCUUAAAAAAAAAGUAGUGUGUUAUCUUGUACAAGUUAAAUGUACUUACUUGGAUUACACACAUUUUAGCUAAAUUAAUUAGACUUAAUUAUUUAGUUAAAUCAACUUUUUCUAUUUUUUCAAUUGUGUAAAAACUGCAUUUAGAUUUGUUUAUCAAAUAGCUAAUUAAUUUGUUGUAUUUACUUUGCGCAUUAGUGUAUAAUAUUUUUUUUUAAAUCAAAUAUUAAUUUAUUAUACUAACAGUUGUAUAAUUAUAAAUAAUAAAUAAAAUAGGUUAAAUAAUUAUUUAUAUUUUUAUAGAGUCGGUAUAGACAUACCACACCUCUGGCUAAAACUUUGCAAGAAGAUCCUUCUUGUCAAUUGUGUAAUAUAUUACAAAAAUAUCUUCUUCAGAGCGAUGUAGCUAUUGAUGCUAAACUAAAAGAUCCAUUUUUACCUAACUUAUCAAUUUUAAGACAAGUAAGUAUUUUAUAUUGUAUAUAAUAUACUGUUAUUUGUGUAUGAAAUAUUUAAAAAAAGUUAAUAAUUUAUCAUGAUAAUUUUUAGGGUGUUAUUGUUUUAAGUCGUCAGUGGAAGAACAUUCUGUAUACUCCAUUAUUGCUUGAACAUAACUUCAAAAGCCGUCAUCACAACUUAAAACCAUUAAAUGUAACAUUUGCUGUUUCAGACGCUGAAGAGGUAUGCUAUUUGUUAAGUAAAUUUGAAUAUAAAUGUUCAAAAUAAACUUGCAAAAAUUAAAAACAAAUUUAAUUCAAAUAUUUGGGAAAAUUUACUAUUUUGAAACAAUAUUAGUGUCCUUUUCUAAAACAGGUGUUUUAUGAUUGUGGCUAUUUAAAUCCACACCGAAGUGCAAAUACAUCACACAAUCCCGAUUUAUUUAUAUGUAAGCAAAACAAUAGUAUCCAAAUAUUUGUGUAUCAUUGUUUUAUCUAAUGUUAAAUCAUUUGGUGUAAUGCUUUCACAAAGGUCAUUGGGUGUUUCAUUGUGUAAUAAAUAUAUUCAUUGUCACUAUGAGUGUUAUUUGAAAGGUGCUUAAUGGGUCACUAAUAUUAAUAAUAGUUAUAGUAAUAAUAUGUGUAAUAAUAUCGUAUAGAAGUAUAGAAUAUAAUAUAUACUUCAAUAAUAUGUACUAUGUAUAUUUUAUGGAAAAAAAAUCACAUUUAUUUUGAGUCACUUUAAUCAUAUCUCAUGGGUAUCAUUUGUAAAUAUAUAUUUUUUGGUCAUAUGCUAAAGGAUGGGGAGGUUUCUGGGGAAGAAGGCGGAGAAGGAAUAACCGACGAAUGUGCAAUGCUGCUGACCAGCGAACGUCAUUCGCACGUUUCUACAUUACAACGGGUUCUCAAAACGCAUACAAGUAAAUGUGGUACGACAUGUCAAUGCUUAUAAAUUAAUUUAUACUCCUGCAUGCAGCUUUGUUUUAUUAUAAUGUAUGUUCUAUGUUUAUUUGUGUGAAUAUGUAACUACUAUACUCUGGCCCACUAAAGAUCAGUACCUCUAUUCGACCAAAACUUGUCCAAUUCUGUGCAUCCCCCACUCAUCAACCAACCCACAGUGUGAAAUGGAGCUCCAAACUGUCACUGUUGGUUAUUCUGCAUGUGCGUGAAGGUAUUGAUCUUUCAUGGGCUAGAGUAUAGAUAUAUAUUUUAAGUGUAUACAUUUUGAAUAAAUAAUACAACACUACUGAGUGUUAUUAAACUUUUUUUUUACAUAUUAGGAAUAUAUUUUUACAAAAGCAAACAUUUAUACAAAAUUAAUUUUAUAGUUUUAAACUUUAUUAAAAAAAAAAGACAGACCUAUUUCGCACAUGGGUAGCCACUGUUGUAGUUGGAAAGGUAGGAUACAGAUGGAAAUUUAAUGUAUAUCUGUAAGCAAUGAUAAACCAUUGUGAUUCUGAGCGGAGUUCAGUUGAUAGUGUUGCUUUGUCAACAAUAUAUAUGUCAUAUUAUGGUAUAAUGAUUACAACAUGUGUUUCCAUGACAACAAUGAUUGUUUAAAAAGUAUUCAAAUAUUAAAAGCUUAAUAAUAACAAAACAUAAAUAAAAACGGUUGCCAAUGACAAACGUUUUUUAACCUUUCAAUCUAUUUAAACCUUAAGAACCAGGUUUUCCUUAUUAUCUCGAAUAUUAAUGAGAAUUUCAAAAAAUGACCUUUUCAAGGUACACCCAGAGAACAUUUCCUUUCAGAAAAGGUGCUAUACUUGAUAAUCGGAGUAAACUUCUUUUUGGUAGAAACGGUGUUUACAUAAAAAAAAAUCACUGUAAAACUAAUACAUUCCUCAUUCUGCUCAGAAUCUAAAAUAAAAUUUUAAAUUAUAAUAAGUAAAAAAAACUGAUAUUGCUGAUAAAUGUACCAUUGUUGGUGGGAAGUAAGGAAGUUAGGAUAUAUAGUAACAGUAUAUAGUAGUUAAAUUUAUACCUAAACUCAGCAAUAAAUCAUUGUUAACAAAAAGUAAUUCUAAGUGAAGUACAGUUAAAUGUGUUGUGAGAUACUGUCAAUUUUACGAUUUUCAUUAAAAUUUGAACUUGGAAACUCUAAAAAAAAAAAAAUAAUAUAAAUAUUACUUUAUGCUAAACUUUUUUUUUUAACAACUUUAUAAUGAAUGUAAAUUUUCAAAAAUUUCAAUUGACCAUAAAUAGCUAAAAAUUCAUUGGAAUGUUUUUAAAAUUUUACUAGUUCUAAAAAAGAAUAAUAUAAAUAUAUAAGCUAGUAUUUUGUGAGAAUUUCAAAGAUUUUUUCUAACUGAAUUACAUUAAAAUAACACAAAAUGUUAUUUCUAACAUUUUCCCCAUUAUUAAGAAAACUACAAGCCUACUAAAGGAAGAUUUCUGGUAAACAAGUUGUUAACAGAUAAGAAAAAUUACAAAGUAAAACUAAUACAUUUCACAUAACAAUAUUCAUUGUAUUAUAUUAGUUUUGUUCUUAAUCAAAAUAUAUUGGUAGUUAUCUUAGAUAUUAGAAUAACAUACAAUUAGAAUUAAUAAUGUGUUACAUUGUAGUGAUUUUUUUUAGUACCUAAACUAGAAAUGUAUAAAACCGCUUAUAUUUGUCUUAUGUUUUAAUUUGAUUUAAAUUCUUGAUGUACUAAUUAGUUAUUAACUAAUAUCAAUUUAUAAUCAAGUUUUAAAUUAUGUGUUUUCAAAGAGGUUUUCAUAAAGUAUGCUUAUGUUUUUGUAACAUUUGAAAUAUAUUUGCAAUUUUAAAAGAAAUUGUAUACAUUAUACAAGUAUAUCAUUGUCUUUUAAAUCACUGAUUAAUUUUAUUUACUAAUGUUUUUCUUUAAUAUUAAAUAAUACAUUUAAAGGUUUUGGUUAAUAAAAAUUUGUAUAAUAUUUAUUUAUUAAUAUUUUUUUAGAAAAAUUCAUAACUUUUAUUAAUUAAUUAAUAGGGACAAAAGGGAAUUAUGGCAACGAGUCUCAUUAUUAUGAUCCAUUCUCUCCUACUAGUAUGACAGAUCAUCCGAAUGAUAGUGUUGGGAUAAGUUCACAUGCUUCAUCUUGUGAUCAACCUAAGAACAACAAAUCACUAUUACCUACACAAAUGCCAGCUUCUUCCAGAGCUAGUGUUAUGUUUCCAAUAAUGGAUGAUACAGUUCAGCAUACAUACAAAAAUAUUGUUGAAGUUCCAUUGGGUGAUAAUUCUUAUCAUGCUCCAGUAGAAGGAGAAAAUUCAACAGGAAGCAUGGAAGGUGUCCAUUUUUCUCCACAAAAAUCAGACCGAAAUGAAGAUCUUUACACUUGGAUGGCGAAACAAGAAUUCAUUAAUCAUGAGCCACAGGUAUCCAAUAGGUUGGUUAAAGCCAAAAAAUUAAGAAAUUGGGUUAGUAUAAUUGAAUAAACUUUAUUUUAUUUUAUUUUAAAUAUCAAACUAUUUUUAUUAUACUGUUUGUUGUAUUUUUAAUUAUUCAGAGAUUACGUAAAAGACGUGUGUAUGACACAAAGCAUGUACCUGUUACAUCUGAUAAUCAAUCCUCAGCUGAUUUUGCAGAGUCUGAUUCAUUACGCUUCAAUAUAUUUCCGAAGUAUGAUUCUUUAAGAUUAUUAGAUGCUCAUCUUAUAUUUGAACCUUUACUAUCCAGUCUUGGAGUAAUGCCUCAACAAAUGGUUAAUCCAAAUUCAGGUAGUUAUUUUGUUUUAUAAAUACAUGUUUGUAGUUAUGUUUAUUAAAUUUAAAUUUUAUUGAAGAUUUGUAUUCUUAUAUAAGUGGUAAUUAAUGUAUAUAAUUUUAAAUUUAGGUAACAAUGGUAUAGCUGCUCUUGACUCAUGGGGAUCCAAUUUAUCGCUUGUUGGUAGUCUUGAAAGUAUAGAUAUUGUUGUUAGUGAAUAUGGAAAACUUCCAGAAACUGCAAAGAAAACAAAAUUAUUAUUUAAAAACAAAUCAAAAACUGGUAUGAUACACAAGAAUUUUAAAUAUGUAUUUUUGUAACUAAUAAUAUAUAUAUUUUAGAAACUCCGUGGUUAGAUUUAUUACCUGAAGUACCUGCAUUUUUAUGUGAUCGUGUUAGUAUUGAGUGUGACGUACGGCGUUCUGCUGAUAUGACGGUUGUAGAUGACAUUCGAAGACAGAGACGUAAUAUGUUGUAUUUAUCGCGAGGCCAAUUAAAGAAACAUUCAAACACAUCAUUCAAUAUUUGUGUUUCUAUUAGAUAUAUAUCACAACAGGUAAAUUUAAUAAAUAUAAAAGUAAUAAUAUUAUAGAAAAAAAAUAGGUAUACAUUGUGAUUUUAUUAUAGUGAGUCAACAAUUAUUUUGGAAAAUUUUAAAUGAAUUUGAUUUGGUUUUUUUUCAAUCAUUAUGGAAUCAGUUAUCUUUAUUUUAAAACCAUUUUUAAUUUUUCCCCUUUUUUAUAUACUUUGAAUAAGUAUAUAUUAUUGUUAUAAAAAUAAGAAUCCGCUUUUUGAACACAAAGUUAAAUAAAGAAGGUUUAUCUAAAAACUAUGAACAUUAAGAUCAGAUUUACCAUUUACCAUUUAUGAGUACUUAACCUAACAUAACCUAACCUAACAUAACCUUAAUGGUAAAUAGAUAACUCUUCCUUACUCUUUCGGUCUAAAUUUUAAACAGUUAUAACUAGGACCCAGAAUUUGAUGACUUAAAAAUCUUUAAAAAAGUGGUAAAAUGAUACCUAAAAUUGCUAAACAAAAUGACCUUACAACUGAGAAUUACUGAAAAAAUGCAAAGUAAAAUUUGUACCAUUAUAUUUUGCACGACAAGUCAAAUUUCUAUAAAAAUGGGCCUUGAAUACAAGCAUUAGAUAAAAGGAUGCAAAUGCAUCAAGUUUCCUAGUUAUAACUCGUAAAUGGUAAAUCUGAUUUUUCAUGUUAUGCUAUGCAAUCAAUAAUUGAUAAAUAUUCUCUCUUCAAAUCUGUAUUUAAAUAAAAGAGAGGAAAGGUUCAUAUUUGAGAAACUAUAUAGUGUAUAGAGUAAGAGUAAAAAUUAAAAAUGGUUAAAGCUUAACUGAUUCCAUAAUGAUUAAAAAAAAAAAAAAAACAGAAAUCAAAUCCUUUGAGAUAAUUGCUAGUUCAUGAUUAAAAAAAAAUCACUGUAUGAACUGUAAAUAAAUGUAAUAUUUUGAAUAAGGUUAUUUUUACUAUAUUAUUUUUGUUGACAAUUAAAUACUUAAUAAAUUGUAGGUUAACAUGCCUCUAUUAAGACUUCUUAAUCAAAUAACCAAUAUGUAUCAAAAUGUGAAAGAUACACAAACUGAGCUUCGUGAACAACAGCCUCAUCCAUAUUUGUCACGUACUAAUGCCAAGCCUCCAACAUCACAAUCAGGUAAAUUAUUAUUUUUCUUAAUGUACAAUAAAUUUGAAUGUAAAUAAUUUUAGACCAAUCAGAGGUACCAGUUCCAACUCCACCACCCAUAAAACGUUUCUUACCACGUUCAGCUAGUGAAUUGAAACCAAUAGUAUCACCUUCUCCAUCAAUACGUUCAAAACAUCAAACAUUAGCACAAAAAAUAAGAUCUACUGGUAAAAGUGUUAAAGGCUACAUGAAUUUGAGCGAAACUCAAGUGGCUAAUGAAUGUUUAACUCCAAGUUUAUCAGAAUUUGAGCGUAUUACACCUAUGAAACCAAUCGAUGAAGUUGAUUCCAAUAUUGUGUCAAUGACACCUAGGUGUUGGAAAACUGUUUAUCAUUUGUUAGAGUUAUAUGCUACGAUGCCUGAAACUAAAACUGUAACCCAAAGAAUAUCAUUGGGUGUUGAUGUAUCUGAGGGAUAUAAAGGUACUAGAAAAUAUGAUAUAUUACCAGAGACCAAAUCUUGUGAUGAUAUUGAUAAAGAUGGAUCAAUAAGUACUCCAGUACCACCAAUUUCACAGCUAAACACAAGUAAAUUGUUAUAAUUUUAUUAAAUUAUUGGUUGCUGUUUUUCUUUUUUUUUAAGAAUAAAUUCAGUCAUUCUAUUUUUUAAAAAUGUAUUUAGGAGUAACAAAAGAAGAACGUACAAGGCUGAUGGUGUUUGUUGUAGUUCGAAUUCACCGAACUAGACUUUUGGCCACUUUGAGUGGAUUGAAAUUAGAAGCAGAAAUUACUAAUCUACAUACCAGUUCAACAUUUCGUAAAAAAACUCGGCCUCCAAGUUUAGAAUGUUCCUUGACUGGCCAUAUUGGUCGUACUAUGAUAGUACUCUUAGAAGGUGUUGCACCCAAUCAGCAAACUGUUGUAAAAGUUACUGUGGGAAAAUCACAGACACUAUAUUCAAGUAUGAGUCGUCGGACAAAAGAUCAAAAUUCUGGUCUACUAACAAUUGGAGUUGUUAAUAUUGAUAUCCCUCAGCAUCCUGUUGCCCUCCAUGGAAUGAUGACAAGAGGAAGCAAGCAGCUUUCGUCCACUUUACAAGUAAAUUAAAAUUGUUGUAAAUACUAUAUUUAAAUUAACACAUUUAUAAUAUUUUGUAGGAACUUAGAGUUGCACGCACUUCGAGUCGAAUGGGUCGUGUUCCAACCAUUGAUGAAAGUGAUGUGCAAGGAUCUGUAGGCCCAUCAAGUAUGGGUGCUCAACAAAGUCCAAUGGUGCAAAGAGUUCACAAAGAAGAAGUAAACAAAGUGCUAGUUCCUGAACCCAAUGUUUUGCUUCAACCAUUAGUUAUGCAUUUCACCGCCGUCAUUCAAGUAAUAUAAGUAAUUUAUGAAUUAUUGAACUUUUUUUUUUAAUACUAACAUUUUAUUUCUAGUGUUUAACUGUUACUGCAGCUUUAUUGCCUUCUUUACGUGCACAAUACAAAAUGGACCAAGUGACUAGCACUGGAUAUACAGGCUAUAAAGCAAAGUUUAUAAUUGAUUUGCCUCAACACACUUUAUCAUUUUCAACUAAAAUCCCGGUUUGGUUUUUAAAUUAAUAUUUUAUUUAAAUAUUUAUUUUAAUAUAUUUGUGUAUUUUUAGGUGACUGAGACAAAUUUACCAUCAGAGGCUAGUUUAGAACUUCCAAAAGUGCACGUUUCAGCUGAAUAUAUACUCGAUGGAGGUUUAAAAACAGGAGAAAAUCAAUUUUCUGGAACUGGUAAACAUUUAUUAAUACUUAUAGCUGAUAUUUAUAUUUGUAUAUAACUUUUAUGUUGCUUAGAUGGUGCUGUGUUACGUCAAGGAAAUUAUUUAAGCGCUGUCGCUGAUAUUGGGGUAUUUGAACAGUCACUCACCACAGAUUUAUUAAAUCAUUUAGUUUUUGUUCAAAAAGUGUUCAUGAAAGUAUGUUAUUUCUUAAUUUAGUUUCAUAUUCUAAUAUAUUACACAAUUAAACUAAAAUUUCUAGGAAGUCAAUGAAGUAGUUCAAAAAGUUUAUGGUGGUGAAAAGCCAGUACCUAUAUGGUUAGAGGAUAAUGAUACCGAUCGUUCUGCUCCAGUGAAAAGGAUUUUAUUUUCAUUGACUGUGAAAAUGAGAGUAAGUAAACUAAAAUUGUUAACAUAAAAUUAAUUAAAAACAUAUUUUGUAUUAUGAUUUUAGCGCAUAGAACUGACAGCUACAACCCCAACAAAUUGUGCUGUUCGUUUGGAGACAGGUUCUGCUGACUUUCAACUAUCAAAUCGGGUACAAAAUGUAUCAGGUUCAUCUUAUCAGACAACUGAACAAGUUAAAAUAUUUGUUAAAGCUCAUAUUGAUGUAAAUUUAUCUCUUGGACAAGUGAUACGAAACCCAUUAUUUGAAGAGGCUGAUCCUGAAUUUCAAAGUUUUGCUUUUUUCAAAACUAGAAUUGGUAAUCUAGAUAAAAAUUUAAAUAAAGUUCUUAAAAUUAAAUUGUAUUUAUUUUUAGAGUUGCGAAAUGCUUUUCAAGGAGAAAUGGUCGGUGAAGGUGAAGACAAAGAAGUCAUUUUAAUCACACUGCGUAGACCUUUGAUUUAUAUACAACCUAUGGCCGUGGAUAAGGCAAUAUUAGUAUGGUUAAAUUAUAAAAAUGCAUAUGAAUAUUGGAAUGAACAAAGAGCAAGUUUAAAUAAAGAGGUUUUGACAGCUACACAGCCAUCUUCAGAAAAAUUACCAUCUGAUAAAAUACCAGUAUCACCAAAUUUGGGGACCAUUUUCUUACAACUGACUGUGGAGGAUAUGGGUAUCUGUGUACCUUUGAAUCCACUCCCCCAGGUAAAUUAUUAUAUUUUUGUCUUAUUAUAAGAAUUCUAAACUUAAGUAAAUAUAAUUAUUUAUCUGAUUUAAAGACCACAUGGGGUUUAAACCGUUCAAUUUUUACGGAUUUCGAGUCAUGUUCAGCAGUAGUAGUUACAUUAGAAUCAACUAGUAUAUCAGCGUGUAGUUCAGGGUCUUUGGUUAGCAAGGGUCGCUUCAUUGGCUUAUGUUUGAGAUUUGCUGACGAUUUUGAUUCAUCUUUGGAUGAUUGGAAACCUGAUAUAACCAAUGAACUUGUAUCAACUGCUAUGAAUUUGUGUAUUGUGUCAGAAGGAACAUAUGAAGUAUGUAGUCGAACAACUUCACAGAAAUUAGAUUCCAUUACAGGUAUGUACAUCGUAUUUAAUAAGAUAUAAGGGGUAAUGUGGCAUGAUAAAUUACACUCCCCAUGUUGAAUUACCAUUUUUCCAUGACGCAAUAUCUGUGUGAAAUUUUUCCCUAGCAAUAUUCCUUUGUGAGUGGCUAUAAAGCUUUUUUUUCUAGCUACAACAUUUUAAAAGUUAAUUUAAGUUCUUAAAAAGACACUUGUUUUUUUAUAAUGUUCUUUAAUAAUUAUUAUAAUUUUAGCUAAAAGGUUCUCUAUAUUAGAAAAAAAAAAAAAAAAUUAGAAAUUUACACAUUUUAUUGGAGAUGAUGAUGCACUGAAAAUAAUCAAAUGUAUUAUAGUUUUGUAUAGUACUAAUGGUAAUCACAGCUAGUGCUUAUUAUUAUGUUCAAAUCACAUUUAAAGGUUUUUUUUUUAUGUAAAGAGAUCUUUUUUCAGGUAACAUUAAUAAUUUGGUAUACAAUAAACCUCCCAAGUAUUUACUGGAGUAAAAUGCAGUAAUCAGAAGUACACACCUACAAUAUAAAUGGUAAAAUCAAAAUCAGCUAGACCUAUGAAACUCGUUUCACCUCUUAAGACUUUUAUUAGUUUAGUUAAUUAUAAUAAAGCUAACCGUAAAAACCAGUGUCUUUUUAAAAAGUUAAACAUCUAUUUAAAUGUUUUGGCAAGGAAAAAAUAACUUCAACCACAAUUAUUUGGGAAAAAUGAAAGAUGGGUAUAAAAUCCCAUUCUAAUUUAUUUUAUGGCUAGUUUUAAAUCUGAAAAAAUGUGAAUUUUUUCCUAGUCGAUAUUAUAGAAAUGUCAUAGCUACAAAAAAAUGUUUAAGGAAAUCUCACUGUGAGGAAAUAUUGUAACUUCAUGUUGAAAAGUAUUGAUUAUUAUUUGAAGUAGAGCAUUGCUGGUAUUAUAAUAAUAUGUCAUAAUAUUAUUUUAGAAAUGUAUAUUAUAGUUAUACAAUAUAAUUUUCAUGUUUUUUUGUAACUGUUAUUCAGCUACAUAAUAGCUAAUAAUAACGAAAAAUCUUUAAAAAUCUUUAUAUGUAAUUUAUUUUUAAUAUUAGUUUCAUUUUUUUUCUAUGUUAUAGAAAAUGCUAAAUGGUUCUUAAAUGUGAAAUGGCAAAUGGAAGGUGUAGAUAUGCAUUUAGACGUAAAUAUAGGCAAACAACUUAGUGCGUUGGGACACACAUUAACUGCUUUAACUGGAGUACAAGAUAGUGAUGAUCCAUUAUCAGACAGUGACCCUAUAUCACAAGACAGUGAUAUAAUUAGACACAAAUCGAAUAUGGAAGGAGAUAUUUUAGCAUCAUUAGCUAUCGAUCCUAAUAUGAGUUCUAAAACUAGAUCAAAAAUCAUUGAGAAAGAAAUGUACGAGCAAGCAAAAGCUAUAAAUGAUUUACGUUCAUUGGGAGCAUCUCAAGGUACUAUUGAACAUGAAAUAAAACGACUACGCGAAUUAGAAGCAAUGGUUUUCAAAGGUUUCAGGAGGUGCGAUAUGAAUAUAAAUAAAUAAUUGUUUUUUAAUACUAAAUAAGCGCAUUUUUAGAGAUAUGAUACAGAAAUUAAGACGGCAGAGUGUAAAAGGUAAAUCAAGCUUAAAGGGCAAAUUUGGACUAAGCAACAAGAGUUCUACAUAUAGAUCAAAGUCAUUUAUUGUUUCACCUACACAAGAAGUAGCAACAGAAUUCAAAGGAACUCAAAGGUAAUAUAAACAUUUAGAAUUCUACUUAACUAAUCAUUCUAAUUAACCUAAAAAAUAUGUUUAGUCCUGAUGAAAUGAAUAGUUUAAGUAGUGUAGAACAUUCUCCUCAAGCUGGACCACAACGUUCAACAUCAUUUAGAACCACACAUCCUGGCCAUGUAACGUUUAGUAAUACUAAAGAAAUAUUUCGACAAAGUUCAUUGCCUAGUGCUAGUUCUGAACAAAGUUUAGUUACAGAGGGUGAUGAUAGUUGGCCAAAUACAGAUUAUGUCAGGCAAAUGGAUCCAAGGUAAAUUUAUUUUCCAAUAAUAUCUAUUUAUUUAUAUUAUUUUAAAAACUAUUUUGGCAGAGAUGACUUUUUACUCAAUCCACUGUUUCUACCUGGUGCUACUCAAAAACCACAAGAGCCUAAUAUAGAUUUUGAGCUAGAUGUAAAAGUAUUCAUUAAUAGUGGGAAGUGUGUGUUGCACACUAAAGAUUCAGCUAAAGAUGAUGACAUCAAAUUGUGAGUUCUUAUUUCGUGCGUAAUUUUUAUGAAAUUGAAAGAUGUGUAAUUCAAAUUUUAAUUACAUUUUUAGAAUGACAAGAAUGAAAAAAGAGCGUAGUUGUUCUGGUGGUGUAUUUGAAUAUGUACCUGGUAGUCCAAAUUUACCAAGACGUUCUUAUAAAGAUAAAUUGGGUGCAAAUAGUACAUCAAGCUCUAGAUUGAGACACCAUCAAACAGUCACUAAUACACUAUCUCAAUUAUCAGAAUUGACAAUAUUUCAUAUUCCUGGUCUAGAUUUUAAAGUACAUUAUGAAUCAAAAAUGGUGUCUGAUGAAGGUCAGUCUCUUAUGUAUUCAAUUGACUCGAGUGGAGUAAUCAGUAGAAAAACUAGUACGAAAAAAGCUAGCCUUUAUUGUUGGGCUACUCUUCAGAGCAUACCAGAAGAGACUAUUAUAUCACCACAUAUACUUGAGUUCCUUGAGCAGACUUUGGCACCUAUACCAGCACAACAAUUUGCAGAUACUGGUAUAUUAAUUAUAUUUUCAUCAUUGCAUUUAAUCACUUGUUAUUUAACUAAUUUGUUAUUGUAUUUUAUAGGUACCUUUGACACAAUGUUUGCCAUAGACAAUGAUGAUGAUUUGUUUGCACCAUAUUUGACACCUGGACAAUAUGCUUAUACUUCUUUCCCUGUGGAUGUAAUUGUUUAUCUUCAUGUUCAAACUUCGACAUUCCGAUUUUCAUGUUUGCCAGUAUCGAGAGUUGAGUGUAUGUUAAAAUUACCAUCAUUGGAUAUUGUAUUUUCUUCCAAGAGGACAGAUUCUUCUAAUGAGUAAGGUUUAAAUGAAAAAUUAAUAAAAACAAUUUCUAGUAAUUUUGUUUGUUUUGUAUAUAUUUGUGAUAAAUAGACUUGAAGAUUACUAUGAAGACACCAAUAGCUUACCAGUUGCAGUUGGAGGUUUGAGUAUCACUGGAGUAAUGGCAGAUUUUUCCAUGUAUAUUUUUCACCCGUAUGGAGGAAAAAAAUCUUGUAAACUAAUUAUUUAUUACAUUAAAAUAAAUACAUAAAUUAAUUUAAUAUAUUUAUUUUAAAUAGCUGCCAAUCUCAAAGAAUCUAAUGCAAAUAUAUGGUCUCCAUUAGCUGAUGGUGAACGUAAAGAUUCUUUAAGUGUUAAUGUUGAAUUUAUUAAAUUUAAUUUAUCCAGAAGUCGAAAAUUAAAUUUUGAAUCUGUUCCUGGGCCUAAGACCACAUCUGAUCAAAGUCACGCCACUAUUCGAUUUUCUAGUAAAUAUAUUUAAUUUUAAUAUUUUAUAUUGAUUAUUGUUUUUAUUAAAUUGGAUAACCAAAAUUGUUUUUAUUUCUUUAGCCAUUGUUGAUAUUGGAUCUGCUUCUUUUAAGUAUGAUAUGAGGCGUUUGACUGAAAUAUUAGCAUUUCCUCGUGCUUGGUAUAGACGUAGUAUAGUGCGCAGACUUUUCUUAGGUGAUCUUACCAGAACUGUACCAAGCAGUGUUUAUAGUGACCAUAGUAACAACGUAGACCCAGAAGACUCGUUAGUAAAAUCAUAAUUGAUUUUGACCUUUAACUUUUUCAAUUUACCUUUUGCUUUAUAGAUAUGGAAAUUUUGUAACUGAUGUCAAAGUGAAACCUAACCGUGAAAAACUUCAUUUGAACAUUAAAGGAGAUAAACAAUUUCCCUUAGAAAAGAAAAAAAACAAUUCAAGUCAUGAUUCGAGCCCAGAUCAGAAAUCUAGUAGUGUUGGUGCAGCUGCAUGGGAAACAUUGGUGAUAUUUGCAGUGAAUUUUAAAAGACUUAAUGUACACAUGAAUAUGGGCAAUGUUAUGGGUAAUGUAACGUAAGUAUACUGAAUUUAUAUGUAUACAUUAUUCUAUUCCAAUUAUUUUUGUUUAGGUGGUUAUCAAAACAAUUUCAUUCGGAAGGUCGAUUAUCUAUUGGUAGUACAGGCCAUAAAAAUAUGCAUAUUGGAUUAGGUCUUGGUGGUUCAGGACUAGAUGCUAAAGGCGGUAUUGUGGGUGGCACAAUUGAGUUGAACAAAAUUAAUACCUAUGGUAUAUUUGACGAGUUCUUGUUUUUUAAAAUCAUGUUAAUAUAUUUUAUUAUGUUUUUUUUUUUUUUUUAGUGCUGAUCAGAGAAGAUCCUGGAUCAGAACCUCGUCAUACCGUUGGUUUAAAAUUAUAUGCACUUGAACUUCGUUUAGAUUAUAUGGGUACUGCAGUACUAAUGUCUCGAGUAAGCUUACUAGAAGUACUCUUGAAAGAUGAAUGGAAAGUAUUGAGUAAAGCAAUGACAAUCGACGGUGUACAUGAAUCCAAUAAACGACCAGGUAUUGUGUUCAUGCAUGGUGAUCUUGGUUGGGACCAAUUACAGUUGAUGAUAUCCAAAAGUACAUCUUCGGAUAUUUUGAAAAUGUACUCUAAACUGGAGGAAUUCUUCUCACAGCAGUUUAAAUCUAGCAAACGUGUUUUCUCAAGUCUACAAGAUCCCAGAGAAUCUAUUAGUGGAACUGAGAAAAGUUUCAAAAAAAGACCAGUUAGAAGGCGUAUAUUGAGUUCAACUUCAAGUCCAGAUAGUAUGUGUUUCAAAUUAUUAAUUGAUUUGAAUUACUACAUUUGUUUUAAUUUUAGAUUUAAGUCCAGAUGAAUGCAAACAUCAUCAUCGGCAUUGGCAACGUGCGUUAGAAGCAGUGUCGGGACUAAGAUUAUCCACAUUAAAAUACCCUUUGCCACAUUGGGGUACUGUUUUAGGUGGAAAAAUGGAUCUUCAUGGUGUUAAUAUAUCUUUAGCGUGUUUCCAUGGUAUUAAUUUUAAAUCUAAGUCUUGGGCACUUUUCUCCUUGAAGGAACCAUGUAUAUCAUUUGCCACUGAAGCUCAUGAAGUAUUUAACUUUGAAGGUAAUGCCACAUGGUGUUCAGACUACAUACACAUCUUAUAGUGAUUUCUGUCAUUUAAUUAAUACAUAAAUACAAUUUAUUUUUAUUUAUUGUUUUGAUUUUAAAAGAUUCUGGGCCAUUGUGUAGAGAUGAUUUAGACGUUCAUAUUGUUCAAAAUCUCACAUUUAGUUUGGGCAUGGAGGGCACUGUACGACCUCAACACAGUAUGGCAACAGUAUGUAAAUUUAGCCGUAAUGUCCUAUUUCCGCCUCAAUUUAAAACUAUUCAAGAAUGGUUCAAUUAUGCCUUUGCAAUGAGUGAAUUAGAUGGUAAAUUAUUAUUAGUUAAUAUUUCAAGUAUUUAUUAUUUAUUUAUUUUUAAAUUUCAGAAGUAGAUCGUUUUCCGGUUUUGGAGCGUGAGAAACAAGAUAUGGCAGAAUCAGCCCCGCGUUCGCGUACUCCAAAACCUCAAGAUAAUCUCACUCAUACACGAGAAGUCAUAUUUGCAUUACCUACACUGCAAUUAAAUAUCAAGACUAACCACACGCAACCUGUUAAGUUACCUUCGCCCUGUGAUAUUAAACCGAUGGUUGAAUGUAGUUUUAUCACCGAGUUCGAGGACCAUAUAUUUGUUACUGUAGAUGCAGAAGCUUUUUUCUUCCUUCAUGAUCUCAUUACAUCCUAUAUUUUAGAAAAAGAUAAAGUUGUAAGUUACAGUUUAUAGAUUGCACUGUUAUGGCGUUUUGUUAAUUUAUUUUAUCUCCUGUUAUAGUCUUCAAUGACAAAUCGACCUCAGAGUCCAGAUGCGUCAAACACCAGCAAUACCAAUCCACCUACUACAGAAUCUCCUCAGUCAUUCACUAAUGAUUGGAGGGAUUAUAGUUGUACUACUUGGCAUUUAGAGCCAACUGUCAGGUAAGGAAAUUAUACAAACUGUAUAAAUUAUUUAAAUAUAUUUUAAUAAAGACUUAUUAAUCUGUAUCUGUUUUAGGUUAUUAUCAUGGGGAGGCAAAAGUAUUGAACCUUAUGGUGUGGAUUAUAUAUUACAAAAGCUUGGAUUCUCACAUGCUCGAACAACCAUACCAAAAUGGAUGCAAAGAGGGUUUAUGGACCCAUUAGAUAAAGUGCUCUCAGUACUCAUGCUACGUAUGAUAGCGAUAGCACGUGAAGAGGAUGCUGCUAGGAGGGAAGAUCUUGCUUAAGACUAUUGAAAGAAAAAACACUAUUCCAUUGAAGUCAAUAUUUUUUAUUCUUUUAUUGUACUAAAAUAAUUUAUUGAGAAAAAAAAAUAGAUAUUUUAUUUACUUAAGGUGCGACUUUUAAUAUUCAGGGAUGGAUACUGGAUAUUUUGGCUGAUAUUUAUCAACUAUUUUAUGUAAACCAAAGAUUAGCUAGUUAUAUUUUUUAUUAUUCACGCGCAAAUAAAAGGUUGCAUUGAAUAUAUAAUUUUUUUAUGUAAUUACCAUACUAUUAUGUAUAAACCAUUAUUGUACCAGUGUAUCUAUUCCUCUACCAUUUUAUACAUUUUUAUAAUUCUUUGAAAUUUUUUUGAAUGGCAUAUGAAUUAUUAAAAUGUAUGUUUUUUUAUUUUUUUUUGUUUUUGAUAUACAUAUUAUGAUAAAAAUAUUAUUGUUAUUAUUAUUUUUUUUUUUUUAACAUUCUAUUGUGAAUUAUUUAAAAUUAUUUAUAUAAAAACCACAUGACAAAUCUGUACAGAUAAUUAUUAAUAAAAACCCACGCGUUUUAAUUUAUACAUGAAAAUUUAACAAUUUCAGUUAGAAUGGGAAUAAUCAUAGGUGCAAAUCACAGAUUUGAAUUAUUAAUGUCUAAUGAGUAUUGAACUGUUGAUAAUUUGUGAUUACUUUGUUACCAACACUUAAAUAUAACAUAAUAACAUAUUUUUUUUU